GGUAGCAUACGGUAUGUCUCUCAGUAUUGUUCUAACAGGGCAAACGAAAAGAUGUUCUCUCGUUCUUCUAACCUUGUGUGUUGGGCAUUGAUGAUUGGCGUGUUGGUCACACUCUUCGUGGUGGAUCUUUUCCUCUAUCGAAAUAGUGUAGGAGUGAUGUACCGAAUCCGGGAUUGGAAUAAAAUUCCCCUGACUAGCACAGGGCACAAACUAGACUAUUCCUUGCUACCCGGACAUAUGGGUACUGGCGUUCAGUUGGAUCCCUCUUCCCAAGUGUUUGUCCAGGAAAGCGUCAAGCGAUAUGGUUUCAAUGAAUACGCUUCAUCUCUGGUUCCAGUAAGGCGCCGUUUACCGGAUAUGCGAGCUAAUUUAAGUUGCAAUCACAUGCCGCGUGAAACGCUGCCACAAACAUCCAUCAUAAUCGUGUUCCAUAAUGAACCAUGGUCUGCUCUCCUCCGUACCGUUCACUCGGUGCUGGACCAUUCGCCACCGGAGCUCGUCGAUGAAGUGUUGCUUGUAGACGACUGUUCUUACCUACCGCACCUCAAGGCACAGCUCGAGGAGUAUUUACGUCCUUACCCGAAGGUUCGCAUUUUACGAGCUACCACGCGACUGGGACUGAUUCAGGCACGGAUACAUGGAGCCAAAAACACGUCUGCACCUUUACUCACAUUUCUCGAUGCGCAUGUCGAGUGCACCAUUGGAUGGCUGGAACCAUUGCUGGAGCAAGUGGCCCGGAACGAUACCACCAUCGCUGUGCCACUGAUUGAUCGUAUUGAUGAUCACGAUCUCCAUGUGAUAAUGAACGUGUCGUCACAUAUUUUCGGCGGGUUCGAAUGGGAUCUUAACUUCGGCUGGUGGUACCGUGGGAUGUUUCCAAGGCGUGAAGCGAUACACAAGCUUCCCAGUGUUCCCUUCGAGUCACCCGUGAUGGCCGGUGGACUGUUCACGAUCUCGCGUUCCUUCUUCGCUCGGCUUGGUUGGUACGAUGAGCAGUUUCGGGUGUACGGUAUGGAGAACAGCGAGCUUUCGAUUAAGAGUUGGAUGUGCGGUGGUCGUAUCUUGGCCGUACCGUGCUCGCAUGUGGCACACAUCCGCAAAAGCUCUCAUCCGUACAUUGGCCAAAAGUAUGUGAAUGUAACGCUUGUAAACUCUGUCCGGGUGGCCGAAGUGUGGAUGGAUGAAUAUAAGCGGAUCAUCUUCGAUGUCAAUGGCGUACCGGGGUACAGUGAGCAACUGUUUGGAAGCGUGCGUGACCAAAAGGCCAUUCGGGAAAAUGCUGGAUGUAAGUCUUUCCAGUACUACCUUCAGCGUGCCUAUCCGGAAAUGCCGUCACCGAUUGUACCCGGCCAGUUCCGGGGUGAAAUCCAUAAUGCUGCCCUAGGGAAUGGGACUUGUUUGACGGUUUCGAAGUGGUCCAAGGGUCCUACCAUGGAACCAUGCCUGUCGCAGGAUUCCCAGGCUCAAUUUUGGACACACAAUUUUUAUAAGGAACUGAACAGCUAUAAACGGUGCAUCCAUGCAGUUUCAUCUGAGCAUCUUCUGAUCGUAAUGUGCCAUCGGAUGCGAGGAGCACAAGCCUGGAGUUACAAUGUUCGCAGUUUACAACUGAAAAGUGUGGCUCAUCAAACGUGUCUCUCAAUUGGAGCACCCUUGCCGAACAUUACGCGCACAGUGAUAUUGGAACCGUGCCAAGAACGCAAACUUGCGCAGCAAUGGUACGCACCGUUGUUUCAGUAUGAUUUCUGGAAGCAGCCGUAAUAAAAGCGUUACUA